UCUUUCCCGUCCUUUCACCUUCCGUUCUUCUCCCAACGCUUCCGUCGAAACUUGCGAACCAAAAAAAGGGCGCAAAAAAGCAGAAGAGCCCAAGAACAAGAAGAAAGAAGAAGUAGAAUCCCGGCAAUCGGCCAUUCACGCAUCUCAGCAACAUCCAGAAAGGAGGAAAGCACCAUACCCCCGGCGUAAAUUUUAUCCCCUCUUCGCCGUCCCGCCGCGGGUUUGCCACUCCCCGACGAUCGCUCUCUUCGGCUGCGUCGUGUUAUGGUCAUGGUGGUUCCUGCUGGGAAUCGUAAUUCAAACAGUCGUGUCAGAUCUCAGAUAAUCUACGGAGUUUGUUCUUUCUAGUGGUCGAUCGCUGUGAAUAGUUUGUAAAGAGGUGGUUGUGUAACUCUGUGUAGUUGGUUUGAUUGGUUUCGAUUAGGGUUUUCUGUUGCUGGAAUUUGAGCAGAAAGUGGUGAUUUGGUUGUGUUAAUAUGAUAAUUGAGGAGGUGGAGGGAGGCGAGUUGGAUGUAGUUGAUAGUAUUGCGGAGGAGGAUCGAAUUGGCGGUGGAGGAGGCUUGGUCGUUUGGGACGCGAAGCGGGUUUUGAUCGGAGCGGGAGCCAGGGCUUUGUUUUAUCCGACUUUGCUUUACAAUGUCGUUAGGAACAAGUUUCAGGCUGACUUCCGGUGGUGGGAUCGGGUGGACGAGUUUAUUUUGUUAGGUGCUGUUCCAUUUCCUACUGAUGUUCCAUGCCUCAAGGAGCUUGGUGUUCGGGGAGUCGUUACCAUGAAUGAGCCAUAUGAGACAUUGGUUCCCACAUCUCUAUAUUACGAACAUGGCAUUGACCAUCUGGUACUCCCUACUAGGGACUACUGCUUUGCACCUUCCUUGAGAGACAUAUCCCUUGCCGUAGAGUUCAUUAACGACAAUGUCCUGCGAGGGGAAACAACCUAUGUCCAUUGUAAAGCUGGUCGAGGACGCAGCACCACCGUGGUCUUAUGCUACCUUGUACAGCACAAGCAUAUGACACCUGAUGCCGCCUACAAAUAUGUAAAGUCGAUCAGACCGAGAGUGCUUCUUGCACCUGCCCAGCGGCAGGCUGUUCAAGAAUUCUAUCACCUUCACAUAAAAACACACGUCCUCUAUGGCAGUUUGAGAAAUCUGAUAUUAAAGGCCCAAAGGCAAAGUCUGGAUCUCUUCCUCUCGAAGGAUCUCGUGAAAUUCGACGAUGGCUCGGUAGUUCUUGUUACAGAAUCAGAUCUCGAUGGAUAUGACCCAAGGCUUGUCUCUAGUCCAAUGAAGAGUAGUGAGAUAUGGGCCGACUUGAGCGUGGUUUAUGGAGUACGGCUUGCCGGGCAGGCAGUACUCACAAGGAUCUCCUGUCUGUGGCUCCGUUGUGGGGGGCACCACAAGUUUGUCGGCGGGAAGCAACUGAACAGGAAGAGCAGCUGCUCGAUCAGCAGGGAUCAAUUAGGAGGGAGGAAAAAAUUGGUCAGGCAUCGAGGGAUUUUCCACGGUAUGGAUUUGCCGGCCGCGGUGAAUGAGGAUCUCCCCCAAGUCCUAUGGAUUAAGAACCCGCCCGCCUUCGGCAUCUUAGGGGAAGAUCACUUCACCACCACCAAGUUCCGGUACUUGAAGGCCUUCGAACCCACUGCACAAUUUCUUUGCAACCUGCACUCGCUCCGUGCAGGCGAUCCUCGAACUCUUGCCGGAGGUGCGCGUCAUCGCCACCACCAGCGCUGGGCUCAACCUGCUGGACCUGCCCGAGUGCCACCGCCGAGGGAUCAAGAUCGCCAAUGCGGUGUGUUUUCCCGGCGAGAAAAACUAGAUGAACAGAAUUGGAUUUUGCACCUUUUUUGACUUCCAAACAAACGAUUUGUUGGCCUUAUAAAGCCAUUUAAUUCCUUGUUUUUAACCGAUGUGGUACAAUGUUAAUUUUUAUGGGUAAACAAAUGCCCC